AUGCGCCGCACAAACAGAUGCUUGAAGAGCAACUGUGGACAGUCAAGCCCACUCCCCUCCUACAUUCAUCUCACCUCCACCUGCGCAGGCUCGUCCCCAUACUCGGCGCGCAUCUCCCUGCAGAACGCCAGCAGAGCCGGCAUGCCCUCUGCUGCUCCACUCACAGUCAGGACAGUCAAGCCCACUCCCCUCACUGCCUACAUUCAACUCACCUCCACUUGCGCCGGUUCAUCCCCAUACUCGGCGCGCAUCUCCCUGCAGAACGCCAGCAGAGCCGGCAUGCCCUCUGCUGCUCCACUCACAGCCAGGACAGUCAAGCCCACUCCCCUCACUGCCUACAUUCAACUCACCUCCACUUGCGCCGGUUCAUCCCCAUACUCGGCGCGCAUCUCCCUGCAGAACGCCAGCAGAGCCGGCAUGCCCUCUGCUGCUCCACUCACAGCCAGGACAGUCAAGCCCACUCCCCUCACUGCCUACAUUCAACUCACCUCCACUUGCGCCGGUUCAUCCCCAUACUCGGCGCGCAUCUCCCUGCAGAACGCCAGCAGAGCCGGCAUGCCCUCUGCUGCUCCACUCACAGCCAGGACAGUCAAGCCCACUCCCCUCACUGCCUACAUUCAACUCACCUCCACUUGCGCCGGUUCAUCCCCAUACUCGGCGCGCAUCUCCCUGCAGAACGCCAGCAGAGCCGGCAUGCCCUCUGCUGCUCCACUCACAGCCAGGACAGUCAAGCCCACUCCCCUCACUGCCUACAUUCAACUCACCUCCACUUGCGCCGGUUCAUCCCCAUACUCGGCGCGCAUCUCCCUGCAGAACGCCAGCAGAGCCGGCAUGCCCUCUGCUGCUCCACUCACAGCCAGGACAGUCAAGCCCACUCCCCUCACUGCCUACAUUCAACUCACCUCCACUUGCGCCGGUUCAUCCCCAUACUCGGCGCGCAUCUCCCUGCAGAACGCCAGCAGAGCCGGCAUGCCCUCUGCUGCUCCACUCACAGCCAGGACAGUCAAGCCCACUCCCCUCACUGCCUACAUUCAACUCACCUCCACUUGCGCCGGUUCAUCCCCAUACUCGGCGCGCAUCUCCCUGCAGAACGCCAGCAGAGCCGGCAUGCCCUCUGCUGCUCCACUCACAGCCAGGACAGUCAAGCCCACUCCCCUCACUGCCUACAUUCAACUCACCUCCACUUGCGCCGGUUCAUCCCCAUACUCGGCGCGCAUCUCCCUGCAGAACGCCAGCAGAGCCGGCAUGCCCUCUGCUGCUCCACUCACAGCCAGGACAGUCAAGCCCACUCCCCUCACUGCCUACAUUCAACUCACCUCCACUUGCGCCGGUUCAUCCCCAUACUCGGCGCGCAUCUCCCUGCAGAACGCCAGCAGAGCCGGCAUGCCCUCUGCUGCUCCACUCACAGCCAGGACAGUCAAGCCCACUCCCCUCACUGCCUACAUUCAACUCACCUCCACUUGCGCCGGUUCAUCCCCAUACUCGGCGCGCAUCUCCCUGCAGAACGCCAGCAGAGCCGGCAUGCCCUCUGCUGCCGCCUCCUCUGCUUCCCUGGGCAGGCUGGCUCGCACUGCUGAGUCGGACACGUAG